GAGGGAAAAGCCACGCGUUGGUAAGCCGGUGCUAUGCCAACCCAAGCCCCUUCUACCUCGAGUGUUGUCGACGCAUCCCCCCGCCCACGCAGGCAGCCGAACAACACUGUUUAUCGCCAACACAUACACAAAUAUGAAAACGCAGCGGCCAGGCAAGGUCCUUCAGAACGAGCCGUCUGGUGUUUACAGUUGCUCUGGCGCCACCUUUGUCUUGUCAUCCGAACGGCAGCAAGACACGCCUGGUUAUUACUGGUUGGUUGGCAGCCCUACUUUAUAGGAUACUCAAGAGUAUAUAUCUGCAGACCGGUGCAAAUACGAGAGCCAAAUACCAAGCCGACGCCAACCAGAAUCGUAGACUGCGAGUUGCAAGGAUCGACCAACCGCUGUCGCUACCAGUCUUUUUAACGCGCCGAUCUACUAGUUCCUCUGCUUGGCGUAUCCGAACCUGAGAAAUCAACUUGCACCGUUGAGAUGGGCAUACAGGCCGCAGACAUCGAUUCGGACCAGGGGCUGGAAACCAUGCUAAAGACCCAGCUCCGUCUUCUAGAACGUCUCCCGGAAAAGAACGAGCUCAACGAAAUCACCUCCGCACCUCUCUUCACGUACCCGGUCUUGGCACACGCCAAAAAGCUCGCAGCCGAAUCCUCUGCGCGAUCUUUUUCGCAAUAUGCCCUCUUCGCUGGUGACUCCGAUGGGUUGCGGCAGAAGGCAACGGAUCCGAGAAUAUUCCACAAUGUCUCGGCACCAUCUAGUGUUUUCAUCUGCGGAAGCCAAGGCUCGGGGAAAAGCCAUACACUAUCAUGUAUCCUCGAGAACUGUCUAAUUCAGUCUUCUGAGCUGGGUUCGCUUUCGAAGCCUCUCACUGGCAUCGUAUUUCACUACGAUACCUUCGUUUCUGACACCAUGGCUAGCCCCUGCGAGGCGGCCUAUCUAGCCUCCAACCCCAGCGUUAAAGUCCGAGUGCUGUGUUCGCCAACAAAUAUUGGCACUAUGAAGAAGUGCUAUGGCCGCCUCCCGAAUGUGGAUGUGGAGGAACUGCGUCUGAAAGAGUCGCAUCUCAACACGAAGCGAAUGCUUGACCUCAUGGCAUUCGACGACCAAGGCUCCCCCUUGUAUUUCCAAGUCAUACAGCGCAUUCUCAGAGAGAUGCGGAUCGCCCAGCAGAGCACCGGAUCUGGUUUCAAGUAUAGAGAGUUCACCAGCCUUCUAGCCGGUGAGGAUUUGCUUCCGGGUCAAAUACGGCCGCUGAAUCAGCGACUCGAUAUGCUGGAGAGCUUUAUGGUUCCUAGUGAAACGCAGUCCAACACUUCGUAUAGCACGUGGGGGUGCACUGGUACGGACUGGACGCCGCGCGCGAGUUCGCUGACCAUCAUCGACCUGUCGUGCCCGUGCGUCACGGCCGCGAUGGCGUGCUCGCUGUUCAACGUGUGCCUGUCGAUAUUCCUGGAGCAGGACUCGUCGCUGGGGCGGGUGAUCGCGCUGGACGAGGCGCACAAGUACAUGGGGGAGUCGGCGGAGUGCGCGACGCUGACGAACAACCUGCUGUCGGCGAUCCGGCUGCAGCGGCACCUGGGCGCGCGCGUCGUCAUCUCGACGCAGGAGCCGACCAUCUCGCCGAAGCUGCUGGACCUGUGCAGCGUCACCGUCGUCCACCGCUUCACCUCCCCCGACUGGCUCCACGUCCUGACCAAGCACCUCGCCGGCAUCUCCACCAUGACCAAGGUCGCCGGCCAGCUCGACGACGCCGACGGCGGCGCCCCGCUCGCCCCCGCGACCGAGGCCGACGGCCUCCGCGGCAUGGUCGUCGCCUCCGACAGCCCCAUCCUCGAGCUCUUCGCCCGCAUCGUCAGCCUUGCCACCGGCGAGGCCCUCGUCUUCGCCCCCAGCGCCAUCGUCGGCCUCGACACCCGGAGCGUCCCCGGAGGCGGCUCCCUAGUCACCCACAGGCGGCUCGCCCAUCACGUCCUGCACGUCAGAGUCAGGGGCCGCAUCACCACCGACGGCGGGCAGAGCGUCAUGGCCGUCUAGAUAGGCCAACGCAUGCGUUCGGGUCUGGAAGGCGGGUGUUAAGUAGACUUUCUGGGCUUGGCUCGCCGAGCGCUGAGGGCCGUGUCAUUAGCGGUGUCCUCGUGUUCUGCAUUGGGGUUAGGUAUGUGAGAGGCUACAUAGUGUUGCUCCCUCUGUUUCUUCACUCUGGCCGACGAUCAACCGAACCGAACUAGAUCACGAAUAUGUAGGUAUACUGAGACAAGGGCCCUUGGUUGUUUUAUUUUGGUCCCUGCCAAGGUAAAAGAGCUUGAUUAGGAGGUGACAGGUCUAUGUACCUACCUAGUAUGUAGGUAUGUAGAGUAAGCAAGACACCAUGUCGGGUUACAUGGGAGACGCGUAAGCCAGUGGGGUCUAUUUGCUACUACUACGAGUUGGAUAUAUAGCAAGGCCGGUAUUAAUUCGACCUUCUACGAACAAUCACACUUUCAUGGGGUUGUGUCGUUGUCGUGGCAGACGUAGAGAGAGAAC